GGCAGCAGCUGUGCAGGUUUGCCCAAGGGUUAACUCAUUCCUGGGCAGCUGCAGCGCGUGCGGUGCGAAAUCUCACCAGAAGAGGGUACAGUAGCAAAGCGUUUGACGUCAGGCUGGAAUUCCUAUUGUGUUUCGGACCUGCUCCUGCAAAGCCAGUCCAAGUUAGCUCUCUGUACAGCCCGGAUCGCACUGCUCUGGGGCUGACCUGCCGCUGCCGCUCACCCCGGGAAGGAAGACGCUGCCUGAGAGAAAAACCUCGUCCUGUCCUGGACCGAGCUGAAGGAGCCCGUGGGUGAGUGUCCCCAACAUCCGAGGCCACCGGCCGCAGAGUCCCCCGCCAGAGCUCCUGGAUGCCCGUGUACAGCCCCGCCACAGGGUGCAUGGCUCCCUUGCAGCGCGCCCCAGUGUGCCUCUGCCCGCUGUGAGUGCCUUUCCCGGCAGGUGGUUGUUGUCCCCAGGGCCUCGCAUUGGCAGCGGCUGCGGCAGGGCUCAUGGAACCGGGACUUGCAAGCGAACCCACGGGGAGCAUGGACGCAUCUGCCGAGCAAAGCCUCCCUGAGCCAGGCAGCCAGGACACCGUGGCAGGCGACGACAUUGAGAUCGUGGUAAAUGUGGGGGGCGUGCGGCAGGUGCUCUACGGAGACCUCCUCAGCCAGUACCCCGAGACUCGGCUGGCAGAGCUCAUCAACUGCUUGGCGGGGGGCUAUGACACCAUCUUCUCUCUGUGCGACGAUUACGACCCGGGCAAGCGCGAAUUCUACUUUGACCGGGACCCGGACGCGUUCAAGUGUGUCAUUGAGGUAUACUAUUUCGGGGAGGUCCACAUGAAGAAGGGUAUCUGCCCCAUAUGCUUCAAGAACGAGAUGGACUUCUGGAAGGUGGACCUCAAAUUCCUGGAUGACUGUUGCAAGAGCCAUCUGAGUGAGAAGCGCGAGGAGCUGGAGGAGAUCGCGCGCAGGGUGCAGCUCAUCUUGGACGACCUGGGUGUAGAUGCAGCGGAGGGCCGCUGGCGCCGCUGCCAGAAGUGCGUCUGGAAGUUCCUGGAGAAGCCGGAGUCUUCGUGCCCUGCGCGGGUGGUGGCAGUUCUAUCCUUCCUACUCAUCCUUGUCUCCUCCGUGGUCAUGUGCAUGGGUACCAUACCCGAGCUGCAAGUGGUGGACUCCGAAGGCAACCGCGUGGAACACCCGACGCUGGAGAACGUGGAGACUGCUUGCAUCGGCUGGUUCACUCUGGAGUACCUGCUGCGCCUCUUCUCAUCGCCCAACAAGCUGCACUUUGCCCUGUCCUUCAUGAACAUUGUGGAUGUGCUGGCCAUUCUCCCCUUCUAUGUGAGCCUCACACUCACGCACCUGGGCGCAAGAAUGAUGGAGCUGACCAACGUGCAGCAGGCUGUGCAGGCCCUGCGGAUCAUGCGCAUAGCUCGCAUCUUCAAGCUGGCCCGCCACUCCUCCGGCCUGCAGACCCUCACCUACGCCCUCAAGCGCAGUUUCAAGGAACUGGGGCUAUUGCUUAUGUACCUGGCCGUGGGCAUCUUCGUCUUUUCCGCACUAGGCUACACCAUGGAGCAGAGUCACCCUGAAACUCUGUUCAAGAGCAUCCCCCAGUCCUUCUGGUGGGCUAUCAUCACCAUGACCACAGUGGGCUAUGGUGACAUCUACCCCAAGACCACUCUGGGCAAGCUCAACGCGGCCAUCAGCUUCUUGUGUGGUGUAAUUGCCAUUGCCCUACCCAUUCACCCCAUCAUUAACAACUUUGUCAGGUACUACAACAAACAACGUGUCCUAGAGACGGCGGCCAAGCAUGAGCUGGAGCUGAUGGAGCUCAACUCCAGCAGUGCAGAAGGCAAGCCCGGGGGCUCUCGCAGCGACCUAGAUACCCUACCCCCAGAGCCUGCAGCCAGGGAGGGGCCAAGCUGGGGUAGCCGGCUGAAGCUCUCGCACAGUGAUACCUUCAUUCCCCUGCUGACAGAGGAGAAACAUCAUAGGACCCGGCUACAAAGCUGCAAGUGACGGCUGGGCUCCCUGACAGGGACAGACUGGGUUGUGGAUGGACAAAACCAUUGGGUAGACAUGUCAGUGGGCAUGUCUGUGGUUUCAGAGGAGCUGCCUGUGUCUUCCAGCCCUCCCCUGAGCAGACCUUUGUCAAGACUGGGUAAGACUCCUUGGGUGCCAGCUGUCCAGGUGCAGGGGGUCUGGGGAGUACAGGAGCCACAGGGCCACUUGGGGCUAUCAGAAUGGUCUGGCAUGAGCCCACAUCUGCUUCUGUGCCCCCUUCAAUAAAGCCUCCUGUUCAGCACACCCUCCAUGCUGUGGGUUGUCUCAGGCUGAUUACCCCCAGAGUGACUACUGCACACCCUAGCGCCAGGCCAGGAAGGAGGUGUGCAGCUCCAGAGGGAGUGGGGGCAGCUAUUUUUAGUUGAGAGCUAAUUAAAGAAGGGCUGCAAGGCAGGGUUCAGCUCCAAGGCGCCUUGCCACAUUCCAGGAGAUAUUCUCCUGCUUCCUUCUGUGGGAAAGCUGGGCUUCCUGAGGCUUGGGGAGGAAGGAGAGGUGACAAAGCCCAUUGGUGGGGCAGCUAACUCAUAGUUGUCACCUGUGGAGUAGCCCUUUUCACAUCUCCCUUUUCCUUUCCAGCUACCCUGGUAGUCUGGCAACCCCAUUUUACAGGUAAUAAA